AUGGCGGCAGACCCUCUCACUGCAGCCACCGUCAAUGACCUCUUCAAUUUCGACUCCACCGACGAUGAGGACCCCUUCCAUGACAAAUCCUGGCCCAAUGGCCGGGACGACAAGACGACAUUGAGUCCUGGCAAACGAAAGGCCGACGACGAUGACAACCUCGGUGUAGAUUUGGGUUUGGAUGAGGAAGUCAAACUCAUCAAGAAGAGGAAACCGAUUGCCAAACUUGACGAGGCAAGGCUCCUCUCCGCCGCAGGUAUCCCGAAACUCCGCGCCCUCGCUCGCUCCGGCAAGAUUUCAAAGAAACUACACUUCAAAGGCAAAGGGCACGAAUUCUCCGACGUCGCUCGUCUAUUGAACUACUACCAGCUAUGGCUGGACAACCUGUACCCUCGAGCGAAAUUCGCGGAUGGUCUACAGUUAGUUGAGAAGGCCGGGCAUAGUAAGCGCAUGCAAGUGAUGAGGAAAGAAUGGAUUGAUGAAGGGAAACCCGGAUAUAUCAAAGAAAAGACGAAGAAGGCCGAUGAAGAACGGGAGAAGGAGGGGGAUACGGAUGACCUGUCCGCUGGCGACAGCAAGACGUCCGGAAAUAAUUGGGAGAACAACGCUUCCGUUUCUCCCCGUGUAGAUGCAGAAGGAGGCUCCCUCUUUAUCCCAGAUUCACGCCCAACUCGGGACGAUGAGAACAAUUUGCCGGAAGAUGACGAGCUUGAUGCGCUGCUAGCUCAGCAAGACAAUGCUAGAGCUCCACACGCACCAAAGUCCACCUCAAGACAGGCGAUGGAUCUUGACUCGGAAGGCGAGGACGAUCUCGAUGCACUGCUCGCGGAACAAGAAACCAGACGAGGUCCACCGACAGCAUCGGCGCCCAGUGACACCUCCAAAUCCAAGCCGUCGCCAUUCGACGAAGACGAUGAAGAUCCGGAUGACCUCGACGCACUGAUUGCUGAACAAGAAGCAACUUCCGAACCAAGUACCGAGCAACCCAGAUCAGACACACAGCUUCCAACGGUGCGGAACAAGGUUCUCACAAUCCUCGAUGACAAUGACAGACAUAAAGAUGUAAUGAACGAAGACAACGGGCUCGACGCUCUCAUCGUCGAGCAAGAAGCACGACAGCAAGAAAAAAUAAAACAGCGCUCCUCGAGCACGAGAGCAACAACCUCUCCGGGUACCUCAACUCAUUCGAACACGGACGCCGAUGUACAGGUCGAUCCAGAUGCAGAUGCAGACGCAGACGCGGAUGGGGAAGACAUGUUCUCCUCAUCCCCAAUCCGCACUAACGAAGCAAGAUCGCGAAGUUCGAAUAUUGUUCCUGGACUGUCAGCUCCAGUUCCGACGCGGUCCACAACAGAUAUGGAAACAGAACGAGGAUCAAACAGAAAAGGGAAAAUGGCUGACGAAGAGGAUAGUAUAGAAGCGGAGGCGGAUAACAACGAUAUGGGGGCAGACGACAUGUUCUCGUCUUCGCCUGUGCAGAAUGAUUGA